AAUUUUCGAAAAGCAAAAGAAAGAGUCCGAAAAAGAAUUCGAUUCCAACUUUCCUCUAGAGCUGAAAAGAAAUAAUUCGUAAAUAAUUUACGAUUUAAAGCAUCUAAAUUAGUUUAAUUCGCUUAAUAAUAAUUCUAACGAUUCAAUCAUGUCGGCGAUGAGUCCAGAAUACGAUUAUUUGUUCAAAUUACUUUUGAUCGGAGAUUCAGGAGUUGGAAAAUCAUGUCUCUUAUUAAGAUUCGCUGAUGAUACCUACACAGAAAGCUAUAUCAGCACAAUUGGUGUUGAUUUCAAAAUCAGAACGAUUGAACUUGACGGUAAAACGAUCAAACUUCAGAUCUGGGAUACUGCUGGUCAAGAACGCUUCAGAACAAUAACUUCCAGCUACUACAGAGGCGCUCAUGGCAUUAUUGUUGUCUAUGACUGUACGGAUCAAGAAUCAUUCAAUAAUGUGAAACAAUGGCUUGAAGAAAUUGAACGUUACGCUUGUGAAAAUGUAAAUAAACUUCUCGUAGGCAACAAAUGUGAUUUGACGACAAAGAAAGUCGUCGACACAACUACGGCUACGGAAUACGCUAAUCAACUCGGAAUUCCAUUCCUUGAGACAUCCGCCAAGAAUGCGACCAAUGUCGAGCAGGCCUUCAUGACAAUGGCAGCGGAAAUUAAAAAUCGUGUUGGUCCACCAUCGAGUGCCACAGAUACUGCGAGCAAAGUUAAGAUUGACACGGGACGUCCAGUCGAAGGGAACAAGAGUGGCUGCUGUUAAAUAUCGACUUAUUUUUAUUUUGUCGAGCAACCUCUCCAUCCUUCAUUAUAAUUAUUAUGAUGCACCAUCCUUCCGUCAAAUAUCUCUUUGUCCUCUACCACAAGUCGGCUAGUUUCCGUUUCUUUUUACUUUUUUCCUGCCCUCAAACGUCAUUAUUGAAAGCUUUUCAUGAUAAAGCUCUGGACAUACAAACAAAUACAUUUAAUGCUGGAAUUCCGCCGUUUAUUUUACGUCACUUCUUUCUUUCCACUUUAUUGUAUAUGCUCGGCAUGUUAUCCGCAAAAAAGAAGAGAUAAAGUGAUUUAUAUUAUUGCGAAAGAUAAAAAUUUGGUUUUAAGUUAACUAAUCAAAUUUCUAGUUUAUUUUCUAAAAUCGAAAUAUUUUUCUUUUUUUUUGUAUUUUUUGUUUCUUGCACAAUCAACUACAUUAAUAUUCACAAAUGAAAGAAAAGGAGAAAGAAGAAAGAAGGGAAAUCGAUCAUAUUUUGCAUCUUUAAAAAGCAUUAAUCUCGGAAGAAAUCAUCUAAGGAAUAAAGCUAGUUGAAAGUAUGCGAUUUUUAAACAAACAAUUCCAUUAAUUGUUAAUUUGAAAUAAAUAAAAAACGAAGAAACAUUGAGAAAAGGAUUUUGGAAGGAGAGAAGAAGAAAAAAAUUCAAAUUAAUAAAUUAAAGUGCUUAGCUGACGAUUUUUUUUAAUUUUAAAUUAGGGUCUCUUCAAAACUACACAUAAAUAAUAUUAUGUUUCUACGUGUUUUAUGCUUAAAGAAUGUUUUUUAUUUUAAUUCUUUCGUUUUCCAUUUGUAUAGAAAUUUUCCAAGUAAAAACAUAAUAAAAAUGAAGAAAAAAAAAAUUUAAAAAGAA